CCGGCUUGCAUGUAAAAGGAGCGGAGUUCGAGGCAUUCAUGGCCGGUGCAGGUGCUGCUCCCGCAGUCGCGGAGCCCGGCGCUUUGCGUCGGCUUAAUGUGAACGUGGGCGUCCUAGGCCACAUCGACAGCGGCAAGACGGCGCUGGCGCGGGCGCUCAGCACCAUCGGCUCCACGGCCGCCUUCGACCGGGCGCCGCAGAGCCGAGCGCGGGGCAUCACCCUGGACUUGGGCUUCUCCUGCCUCUGCACCGAGCUGCCUCCGCACUUGGGGCUCGGGCCCGGGCAGCUCCAGCUGGCCCUGGUGGAUUGCCCGGGACACGCCUCCCUUAUCCGCACCAUUAUUGGCGGUGCCCAGAUCAUUGACCUGAUGAUGCUUGUGAUAGACGUUACAAAGGGGAUGCAGACUCAGUCAGCAGAAUGCUUGGUGAUUGGGCAGAUUGCUUGCCAGAAGAUGAUAGUGGUUUUGAACAAAACAGAUCUUCUUCCAGAGGAGAAGCGGCAAGCGGUUAUUGAGAAAAUGGCAAAGAAAAUGCAGAAGACUUUGGAAAACACGAAAUUCUGUGGAUGCCCUAUAGUUCCAGUUGCAGCAAAGCCUGGUGGGCCUGAAGCCCCUGAAACCGUGACACCGAUAGGAGUUUCUGAGCUAAUUGAGGUCCUGAAGUCAGAGGCUUACUUACCGAAAAGAGAUCCCUCGGGAUCUUUCCUUAUGGCCAUUGACCACUGUUUCUCCAUUAAGGGUCAAGGCACUGUGAUGACAGGAACUAUUCUUUCGGGCUGUGUUAGCAUUGGAGACAAUGUGGAGAUUCCUGCCCUGAAGGUGACAAAGAAAGUCAAGUCCAUGCAGAUGUUCCAUACUCCAGUGACAUAUGCCAUGCAGGGUGACAGGGUAGGCAUCUGUGUCACCCAGUUUGAUCCAAAGCUAUUGGAACGUGGUCUCAUCUGUACACCUGAAUCUCUUCAGACAAUUCAUGCUGGUAUUAUCUCUUUAAGCAAAAUCCCAUAUUUCCGAGGUGCUCUUCAGACUAAGGCAAAGUUUCACAUCACAGUUGGUCAUGAAACUGUUAUGGGAAGAGUAAUGUUCUUCAGCCCCGCUCCUGAUGACUUCAGCAAAGAACCCCUGGAGAAUGCUUUUGAUUUUGGAAAAAAAUACCUGUAUCAAGAGGAGUAUCUUUCCAAAGACUCAAAACCUUCAGAGGAAAACAAGGAGAAUGACCAAGCAGGGGAGAGACAACACCCCAAACAACAGUGGGCCUUACUGGAGUUUGAAAAACCAGUGACUUGUCCGAAGUUGUGUCUUGUGAUUGGUUCAAAACUGGAUACGGAUAUUCAUGCAAACACUUGCAGACUGGCAUUUCAUGGGGUACUCCUGGAAGGAAUGGAAGACAAAAAUUAUAUGGAAACAUGUCUUCCAAAGCUGAAAGUUUACAAGCUGAAACAUAAGGAUGGACAAGUGGAACGGAUCUGUGAUGACUACAGUGUGAUUGGUCGUUCGUUGUUUAAAAAAGAGACCAACAUACAACUUUUCGUGGGACUUAAGGUCAAGCUGUCUACAGGAGAGGAAGGAGUAAUAGAAGGUGGUUUUGGGCAGAGUGGAAAAUUCAAAAUCCACAUUUCAGAUGGGGUGAGGCCGGAAACAAAGGCACUUCUGACUGCCACCUCCAAGAAGAAGAUCAAGGCAGGGAAGGGGGAUCCAGUGAAAGAGGAUGAAAGUAACAAGGUUGACUCAGUCCAGCCUGUCCGUAUCACUCUUCUAUUUAAAAGAUACAUCUUUGAUGCACAGAAGAAAAUGAUUCAGUCCUGAGAAACAUCAGAAGUCUCCUUUAAAAGGCAGGACACCAAAAUGGCUCCCAUCAGAUUGCAGCAAUUGUCAGUUCCUGGGACUUUGGGAGAUUAUAUAGAAAGCAAUGCCCAUGGACCAAAGACUGAUCCCCCAUCAUUGUGGCUGUUCUUAACCGGCCUGCAGAUUAUUUUUCUGAUUUUGCUAUUCCAAUCCACUGUGCCUGCUGCACCUUGAAUCCACCUGUUGAAAUUGAUUAGUUGUUUUCAUAGCUAAUGCAUCUGCUUUGCAUCAUCAUAUUUCUUUACUUGAACUCUUUAAUUUGAAUUUUUUCAUAGUUCAUGAUAGAAAAUCGAACUAACGUGAAAUUUCACUUAAUGGGAAGGCAAAAUCUAACUGGUGUUUGCUGAAAGUAAAUUCUUUUAUGUUUAAUAAGCCCAGUGUGUUGUUGGUAUGGCAGGGAUUAUUUUGUAAUUGAGGUUUAUAUCUGGAAGACCCUUUAUAACUGGCUUCAAUGUCAGGACAUCCUCAGGGAUGUACAUGAUUUCAUGGUAUAUAUUAUUAACCUUUGAAACUUUGUUCCAAAGGUUCAGAACUGAUUUUGUAUAAUACGUUUACACAAACUUUUGGAAUUCGUCUGUUUUCCGCUAAGUCAGAUGAGAAAAUAAGCAAUUCUGAGCUCAUGUUAAGUAGUCCGGCUGGAUGCCACUGAGUAUCUCUGAAACAAUCUUCAUCCUCAUUACUGAAGUAUCAUAUUGUGAAAAUGAAACCAAAAGACUGCCUCAGAUUAACUGUAGCCGGUUUAAAAAAAUAAAGGUAAAAAGUCGUGUAUACUCUG